AUGGCGAGUGGAGAUAAUUACAACAGCGCGGCGGAUCCCAAGAUACCGGCGCUGAAGGGCGAGACCCUGGAGGACUUCACAAGGCACAAGAGGGCAGUGCAGGCGGCGGAGCUAGGACGUGAAUCUAAGGAACAACGCGCCGCCCUAGGCCCGAAGCUGCAUCGGAACCUCCUCGGCGCGGACAAGUGUAUCAGCGUGCUGAUCGAGCAAACGGAUCCGAGGGACUACGCUGUCGAGGACGGUGCGAAUGUGCUGCUCAAGUUUCUAGAGACCGAGCGCUUUGCGAAGAACAGUUUCCGUGAGUUGCCUAACGCGUUCGACGCUCUCUUCGACCUCACGCACUUCGGGGGGAAAAGCGAGGAGCCCAUGGCAGCGUUCUGCACGGCCAUGGAGGUGGCGAGGCGGAACUUAGAGGAGGUGGACCCGGACACGAAGAUUUGUCCGAAUGAGCUCGGGCACUACACGCUGAAGCGCAGCAGUCUGGGCAAUGACGAGCGCAACCUGGUGAUAGCGAGGGCGGACGAUACGUUCAAUUUCAUCAAAAUCUCAACGACGCUGAAGAACCUCUUCCGUCGCGGUGGAAGCAGGCUCCGAGGACAAGGCACUAGGGCGGUCUGGAAGUGGACGGCGCACGCGAACGAAACCGAGACUGGACAAACUGACGCAGAAGACCCGCACAACGGGGAGCACUGGGUCCAGGACGACGACGGGUACUGGUACGAGUGGGACGACGAUCGCGGGUCUACGCGCGACUGGGACAGCAGUCACCUGUUCUACCUCGAGGACGAAGCUGACGCGUUCUUGGCUGGAGAAGACGACGAUUACCACAAGACCCUGGUCACGAUGCGAGAGAGCCGCCUCAAGAUGAACAAACGACGGGCGGCGAUGGGAUUCUUCACGGGAAGGAUCGACGGCGUCGUGGGCGAGAGCGCGGCAGCCAGCGGUCACGCAGCUGGCAAGAAUAGCGGGGAAGGCAAAGGCAGGGGCAAGAACGGCGGCAAGUCGAAGGACACGCGCUGCAACAGGUGCGGCCGGAUGGACCACAACGCAUCGGGGCGCCCAGCCAGCGGGCCAUCGGGGAAGCCAGCCAUGGGCGAGGGCCGCUGCAAGGGGUCGAAGUCAGCCCCUCGUCCACGACGGCUUGGUUUCUUUGCGGUGAGCGCUCUGGCGUGCGCAGCGCCGUCUUGCAUGGGCGUCAGACAGCAGCUGCGAGGCCCGAACCUGAACCGCGUAUACAUGCGUUCCGAAACGGAUUACGGCAUCAUGAUGGUGAACCUGGAUACAGAUCCGUUUGCGCCGGACAGGCCCGAGCUCGAGGCGAUGAUCUCAAGCGACGUCGCGCCGGCGCCCCUGGUGGACAGCGGGGCCUCGAUUGCAGUUGCAGGCCGCGGAUUGCUUCAUCGCGUCGAGGCGGAGCUCGCGAAGUACGGUCUGGAGCCCAUCAAGGUGGAGGCCCGCCAGCAGUUCAAGGGACGCGGCGGAGCACAACGUGAGUCAAAGCAAAGGUGGAUCAUCCCGGUGGGCAUCGGGAAGAAGCAUGCGCCGCAGGAGCACUUCGAGAUCCCCGGCGGCAUGGGGCUGCUGAAGCCACCUGGUGGGCAUGCCGGCCUCGACCUCUUCGACCGCGACCUCGAGUUGCACGAGUCGGAGCCACUCUUCGAGAGGUUCCGCGUGCACGAGAUGCAGCUCGAGCCAGACGCGUUCCCGGUCGCGAAGACGCUGCAGGAGUUCGAGCCGGGCUUCCAGAUGAGGGAGCACGCCGAGUCGCGGGUCGCAGAGGCUCUGGAGAACGGCAGCAAGGGCAGAUUCAAGAAGGGCACGCUCAAACGGAUCGGCAUGGGCGACCGGGUGGACGACCUAGUCGAGCAUUUCAGGCCAUUGGUUGAUUUCUCGGCCAAGGUCCCAGACCAGCGGACCACGCGCGCGGUGGCCAAGGAUUUCAAGCUGAGGAAGGACCUGAUCGACGUGCGCGCGCUGAGGCAGAACGAGGCCAUUCCCCCGCCUCGCGGAGCUGCGCGGCGCAUGUGCGCCGACAAGGGCGCGCCAGCCGAUUUCUCCGACGCUUACGCGGACGACCCGAAUUGCACGACGAUCAAGCUGGCCACAUGGUAUCCAACCGACACGGUAGUCGCGAUCUACUUGAAGAAGCCGAUGGUUCAGACCUCCUUCCCCGCGGCGGUAACUUUACUUGGCAGCCCACCAGAAGCUUUCAAGCCCGACGAUCGUGAAGCAGACGCAGUACAUCGAGAUCUCCAUCGCGAAGGUGAAAGCUUCGGCGGCAAGCCUUCGGACAUCACCGCGGCCCAGUGGCGCGCUCUGAGGAAGCUCCACCUGAACCUGAGUCACCCGUUGGCACACGCGCUGAAGCGACGCCUGAAGUCCUACGGGGUUGUGCAGAAGGUGCUCGACGCGGUGGACAAGUUGGACUGCGCCGUGCGCAAGGAGCUCAGUAGGCCCAGCACUACGAGGUCGGCCAAGCGGAAGCUCUCGACGGAGUUCAACGAGAACGCGUUUCUGGACGAGGCCGAGGCGAUUCUCUCAGAUAAGACACGGUUGAUGGCGAUGGUGAUCCUGGAUGACGCGUCGAGCCUUAGGGUCAUCAUCCCCACUGCGGCAGCGCGGCCCAUCGCGGGCGAGGAGAGCCUUCGCUGUGUCUCGCAAGGAUGGCUAUCAUGGGCUGGCCUUCCGAAGGUGCUCCACUACAGUGCAGCGAGGGGCCACGUCGCGCAGCGGUUCGCGGAGAUCGGCGAGAAACACAACAUUAUGAUGGGGCCGGUCCCGGCACAGGCGCCUCAGCUCAAAGGCAGAGUGGAACGGGCGAUCGACUUCCUCAAGGACCAUUUCCAGCGCCUGAACCGCGACGUGCAGCUCACCAAGAGUGACGACCCAUUCGCGUGGACUUCGGUGAUAGCGAGUGCGCGCAACAACCGCAUCCGACGGACUGGUGCCACGCCAUGCCAAUACAUUUUGGGGCGAUCGCCCAACGUCCCGGCCUCGCUGAUCGAGGCGAUGGAGGGCGAUCAGAGGCAGCUGGCGGCGCAGAGCGCAGCGCUCUUCGAGGGCGGCCCCAGGGCCGCGGUUGGUCGGGUUCGCCCGCCGCGCGGGCCGUUCGUGCCGGGCCAGCUGGCACUCUACUGGCGUGAGGUGAAACACGUGAAGUCGAAGCGGCUCCAGGGCGAGCACGGGCGGCGCGGCCCGGCCAUUGUGCUGGCGGCCGAGGGCCACGCCAGGCUGCACCUCAGCUACCGCGGGGUGCCGGUGCUCGCGACGCCCGAGCAGGCGCGGCAUGCCUCUCGCGGUGAAGCCGAGAUGGUGGAGAAAAAGGACCUCGCCAGGCAGCUGUCGCACUGGCGCGGAGGGCCUACCCUCCAGAGGGGCUUCGUGGACGAGCGCGGGCCUGGGCCUGACGGGAGCGGUGGCCAGCGCGACAGGCGUCGCAAGAAGGACUUCGGCGACUCAGACAACGAGGACGCCAUGGGCGUCGCGCCGGCGAUCGAGGGCGACGAGGUUGACGACGAAGUUCUCUUCCUCAAGGUGAAGAAUCGCUCGAGGGACGCAUUGGCAAAGGGGACUGACACCGCGAAGCAGCAGGUCACCCCGAAGGAAAGUCGGGAGCUGCGCAGCAUCCCGCCAAAAUGGAAGACGGCAUUCGAGGCGAGCGACUUGGAAGAAUGGCGUAAGUGGAUUCAGUACGACGCUGUGGAGUGGCCGAGUGAAGAUGAGCUCGCGGGCGUCGGGAAGACGGACAUCCUGCCCAUGAGGCGCGUCCGCUCUGACCAGAAGGAGCCCGCGAGGGGAAGUCUCUCGCGCGAGCAACACCCGCUGAAGGCGAAGUCGCGGAACAUCGUCCCGGGCUACAAGGACGAGCAGUUGUUCGCGGGCGAGUUGCAGACGAACGCGCCGACGCUCACAAACACGGCCACGAUGGUGAUCAUCCAGGAAGCCGCCAGCCAGCCUGGCCGGAGCCUCGAGCAGGGCGACGUCGAUUCGGCAUUUCUGAAUGGGGGGGGGAAGCUGAUCGGUCUGAUCAGGACACGCGUCGACGAUGACCUCGUCGCGGGAUCGCCCGAGUUCUUCGCGAAUCAGGUGGCCAAGCUGAGGAAGGUGCACUGCUGCGGCAAGUGGCAGACGGCGAAGGUGGGGUUCCACCACUGCGGGCGCUUCCCCAAGCAGAACGACAACGGCACGAUCACAUGCCGCCAAAAGGAGUACACAGAGAGCACCGAGGAUAUUCCCAUCUCGGCUGAGCGCCUGAAGGCCAAGGAGGCGAAGGCCACGGCGGAGGAAAGGGCUAUGCUCGACAGCGGCAACAGCCAGAUCCAUCUGGCCUUCCCGCUGGUUGAAAGCCAAGCUCGGGCUCACGACAGCGACUUGAAGGUACAAGACCUACUGGGUUAUAACACGCUCGUGAGCGACGCCGAGACCGACCACGUGGACAUAACCUUCCAGAAGUUAGACAUGGACAACGCGAUUGCCGCGGCAGUGGGGGGCUCGAGCCACGGCAACGUGGGCAAGACGGAGACCGCUAGCCAGGCGGGCCUGCUCAUCUUGUUCGCGGAUAACACUGACGAUCAGUUCGUGCGCGGGCAGCCUGCUAGGGUUACCCCGAUGUUGUGGCGACCGCAUUGCAUCAAGCGGGUGGCACGGAGUACCCUGGCAGCCGAGACUAUGGCAGCGCUGGAGGCGGUCGAGAGUGGCGACAUGUUGAGACAACACCUGGUGGAGUUGCACCAUGGGCUGGGCUACCGGGCCCACAUGGACGACGUGCAGGCGAGCACAUUUGUGGGGGCCACGGACUGCAAGUCGCUCUACGAGCUGCUCCAGAAGCGAGGUGUGGUCCCGUCCGAGAAGCGGCAGCUCAUCGACAUCGAGUCGCUCAGGAACGACAUUGAGUUCAACGACGUGGCGAGCAAGCAGGACGUCCGCGCGGGCGACUACAUGAGGUAUGCGCUUCGAACGGGCGAGUGUUGUUUGACGGGGGACCCCAUGGCAGAGCAGGUGAUCUCCGAGCAGCGGAUGGAGCUGAAGGGUCGCAGGGGCGAGUACUGCCGCUCGAAGUACCCUCGUCGACAUCGACCUGCCGAUCAGCCUUUUGCAGGGGAAGGCGACGCGUACUUCGAGGACUGCAUCGCGGAUCUGAGGUACAAUGCGCAUGCAGCUCGACCUGCCCCCAAGCACUACCUCCGUUGGCGGGUGAUGCUGGGCCAGCGCGAGGACGGCAUCUACUACGAGAAGCUCAAGGGCGUGGUCGGCUGGUCUGGACUGGACCAAGUGGCGAAGCGUCGGAGGAUUUCGACCCAUGCGCGUAAGCUGUUGACGAUAUACGCGCCGACCAAAGAGGCCGAGCGCCACGAGAAGGACUUCACGGAGAAGCACAACCUGGAAAAGACGGACACGACCAAGGACAUCGAGCACCACGAGAAUACGGACGGCGCGGCGGACCUGGGCAACUCGAAGGAGAUCUACAUGAUGGACGCCGUGGGUGCCGAGACCGAGGAGAUCGGAGGAGGCGGCGGUGGAGCUGGUACAACGCUGGCGGCGCGUGCGGCGCGCCGGAUGGCGGUGGACCAGCGCGAGUGUCAGCCGAGGACUCGCAAGAAGGCCAACCACAACAUCGCUGCCCCGAACGAUGGCGAUGAGUGGGUCGAGAUUCCAGGCGAGCCGAGCAGUUCGGAGGAUCGGCAGACAGGAAGAAGACGACGGAGUUACCGAUGGAUAAGGCUCGCAGACUACAUGAGUGCUUGCAGCACACAUUCUACAAGCAGGUGGGAGCAUGACCUGGGCGACGCGCUGGAGGAUGAUAUCCUCCAGGAGCACCAGCUGGUGGUCGCAGGAUGGAGCAAGUGCCGCCAGGCUAGUCGCGACACAGAAAUGAUCCCAAAAGGCAAGAGCAGCGAGAAAGGAAAAGGCAAGUCACGGGCUACAUGCAGAGUGGACCCAGAUGAGUGUGUACAUCGAGCUGCUCAGCUCACGACUGUGGGUACCAACCAGUACAAGGAGAAGGUACGCUGCCGCCUGUGUGACACACUGGUCGUGGACCGAGACACGAAGUGUUGGUCCGAGGAGAAGGAGCUUCGUGCAGAGGUCAAGGCGAUCCGUCUCGACAAACAGAAGCAGGAGCUCUUGACACGGAGCGCUUAUCCCCCAGAGCAGCUGCAGUUGGAGAUUGGCAGCAAUAGCAGGGUAUCGGUCGAUUCGAUCGAGUUCUCCGAGCUGAACCCACCCCGACACAUUGAGGAGCGGAGGCGGCUGCUGCAGGACCUGCAGUCCUGCAACGACUCGGAGAAGCGCGAGAAGUACAACAGCGCGGCCGCGGCGGGGAUGGUCGCGGCGGCUCCUCCGCUCUCGCGGGCCGUCGGCGCGCCUUGGGACGGCGGCGGCGACAACGAGUCGGAGGCCGACGCGGAAGAAGCGCCCCUCUUCGGCGGCGCCGCGGCGGCGGGCGGCGGCGCCGCAGCGGCGAGCACCUCCAGCGCGCCCGCGCGGGGGCCGCCCGAGCGAGGCCAGGCCCCCGCCAGGCGGCUGCUGUUGCCCUGCGCCUGCAUCUGCUCGGCGGGCGUGGGCUGGUUCGGGAGGGGAGCGACGCUGUGGCCGAGAGCGCCCUCCGCUGCCUUGCCGGCCCCAGCGGCAGGGCUAGCACUGGCGCCGAAGAGCCCGUACGAGGUGCUCUACGACACGUGCGUGUGCGACCUGCGCGAGCUGGAGUGCCUUCCCGCCGCCGGGUGCCUCGACUCGGCCAUGGAGAAGGGCAGUGGGCAUCCUCCACGACGCCAUUCAAGGUGGCAAGGAUGUGCCGCCCGAGUUCGAGGAGCUGCUGAACGACCUCAUCGUCGGCCAGGUCAUGUGACGAGAGGACCUUCGCCCCCCGCGCGGCGGCGCCGAAGGCGCCAGUGCACGCGGCGGCUGGUGCAGAAGGCGUGA